UAGCUCCUAAGACUGUUAAACAACAGACAAGCCCGAAGGUUAUCUAUGUGUUUUUUGUAGCUCACCCCAUCCUAAAAAUCUCUAUCACGCCACUUAAAGAGAAAAUAAACGACCAAAUUAAAAACAAAAAAGAAUUGGCGAAUAAUAUUAUCGUCUAUCGUAGCCGCGAUGAUUUUAAACAAAUAGAAGAGAUUGGUAGAGGAAAUUUUGGAACAGUAUUUAAGGCUCAAUGGCGUCACCGCAGAACAACCGUAGCAUUAAAACAGUUGAAUAAACUCGUACUGAAUGAUCAUGCACUUGAAGCAUUCUUAGACGAGAUAGUCUUAAAUAUCAAGGUUUCUAAUUAUGAAUACAUUAAUGCAUGCCAUGGAAUAUGUAUUGAUCCUCUCAAUAAUGCGUCAUUUUCAAUGGUUCUUCAGUAUGCUGAGGGUGAAAUAUCAAAAUCUGCCGAACAAUAUGGAUGCCUAGCCUUUAUUGAGCCCCAGUGUUUCAACAACAUAUCGUAUGCUUGUGAUGUUAAGUCGGAUAUAUAUGGCUUAGGCGUAAUAUUAUGGGAAAUUUCUAGUUGUCUCCCACCCUUUAAUUCUUUUAGUUCCUUAAACAAAGAUAUUAUCAAACUCAAAAUUCUUCAGGGAGUUCGUGAGCAGAUCGUACCUGGAACCCCAAAAGAAUAUUAUAUGUUAUAUCAGAGUUGUUGGGAUCUUGAGCCAAGUAAACGCCCAAAAGCCACUGAGGUUUUAGACCGAUUAAAAGACAUAAACAUGGGCGACGCCUAUAUCAAUAGGAAUAAAAAAAAUAUUGAUAAAUGCAACGAAUUCAUUGAUAAUAUCUCAACAAAUUCUUACAGUACCGACAAUGUAAGCGAUACGAGCUCUUCAUCUCAAAUAGAAUGUAUCCAUACAUCAGUGGAAGGAACCAAUUUGGAAAAUAAAACGUAUAAUAGCCCACUUACUAAUAGGGUCAUAAUACCUUUACAAAAGUUUCAUGAAUUUGAUUUUGAAGAUUGUGAUCUAAGUUUUAACCUUUCGAUUAAUGAGGAGUUACCAUGCUAUUCAAUUAGAAGUUUGACAUCAGCCAAUAAUAUUUCAGGACUAGAAGAGGCUGCUAAAUUGAAAAUAGAUGAUUCAGACGAUUUAACCAAAAAAAGACGGAAAAAUAAACAAAGUAAUAACGAAGAGGAAAUUUCCAAUGGAGAGCGAAGAAAAUCGUUAGUUUUUAUUCAGCAAAGAGGAAAGGAAAGUGGAGAAAAAAGUGACAUCAAAGAGGAAAAUUCUGAUGAGGAACUAAGCAAUUCAUCAGUUUCUAAUAAGCAAAAAGGACAGGAAAAUAAAGAACAAAGUGAUAACGAAGAGGAAAGUUCUGACGAGGAACGAAAAGAAUCAUUAGUUUCUAUUAAACAAGAUUGGGAAAAAAAGAAAAACAAACGAUUAUUGAAUGAAGCUUUAAGUUUAUAUGCAGAACAGUAUGAAAAAGGAACCGAAAGUGCGGUUAAUCGAUUUAUGCGAUGGUGUGCCACAAAUCGUCAUCAAUCUGAAUAUAUAUUUAACUUAUUGAUCAACAAUCAACAUUCGCCUUAUUCAAAGUGUCUAAUUGGUGAAUUCUAUAAAUUAGGAUUUGGAAUUCCCGAAGAUAAAAAGGAGGCAUUUAAUCGUUUUGUGGAUGUUGGCGAUGAAGAUAAUGGUCUCGGCUAUUUUAAUAUGGCCCUAUGUUAUCAGAAUGGUAUUGGUGUUUCUCAAGAUUACAGAAAAGCGUUCGAGUAUUUUGAAAAGUCAGUCACAUGUGAAUCAUUAGCAGGAAAAGUAGCGUUAGCUAGAUAUUAUAAAAAAGGGAUUUGUGUACAUAAAGAUUCGCGUGUGACCUUUUGUCUUUAUUUAGAGGCCGCUAAUAAAGGAUACUUUCCGGCAAUAAUAGCUGUCGAAAAAUGUUACUCUCAUGGAAUUGGAACAGAAAAGGACAAAAAUGAGGCGAAGAAAUGGUCCGUUAGAGCCGCAAUGGAAAAUUCUGAAAAUGUGUCCGAAGUGGCUGAUAAAAACAAUUGGUGUGUAUAUACGUAA